ACAUUCCGCCAACCCAUUGCCGUCGAUUACUCAAAUUUAAACGCCGUGAAAAACACGGAAGAGACGUGUGUAAUGUUUGCAUCUGCGGGCGUAGAGCGAGCACGGUGGUGACAGAUCAGAUGAAGCCUGGCCGGCCGUCAGCUCUCCCCUUUACUAGUCUGGCCAGACGAACGGGUGACGGGUCGCUUGGCUGGCCCACCGACUGUCAUUCACACAGGGGAAUCUUUACUAUGAGAUAGUUUGACAUCAGCGUAGAUGAAAGCGGUACGGUGUUGUUGCACAGCUGAUUUCUCGCUGGUAUGGAUUUAUACUAAGUUUAGCCUGCCACGAAGCUCGCAAGACGUUAAUGACAGGUGUUGACAUACUUGCACCUGGUGAAUGUUGGCAGUGUUUUGUGUGUGUCGUUUUCAAGGCAUCGUCAGAUAAGUGUCAUGCAUAGCGGCGCACAUCACAAGCCUUGAUUACAUGCGCUGCUACAAUCAUGGCGGAUUUAGCCGAGCUUGUCAAACAGUUUCACCUGCAGAGAGCCUUUCUUUAUGGAUUUAUCAUAUUAUCAAGUUUCUUCGUGUUUGCGCCUCUGGGAGAUUUGCAAAUCAAUUUUGGUCAUAGAUGUCUUCUGUACGCAGACGUCACCUACAAUGUCACCAUCAACCCAAAGUUCCGGUAUUUUAGAGUUCACUUCCCGUCUGACGCCUCCGUCUGUGACUACAACAUUAUCAUCGCUGUAGCCUUCUCCCUCAUCUACGCCAGCGUGGCAGCCGGGGGAUACGUGUACUUGUAUUUUAAACAGAAGAAAAACCAAGAGGUGGACAUCGCCCGGCUGUGGUUCCUGGUCCACUGUGCCAGCGAGGUGGCCGUCUUGGUGCUGGUGCUAGUCUCGGCCUGCACCAUCAGCGCGGGAUUCAGCCACGUGUGUCAGCAGCUGAUGACGGCGAAUGACCACGGGAUACACUUAGCCAGCUGUUCCGACGCUCAGUCAUUUCAAACAUGGCGAGGAUAUGAUGGCAGCAACUUCCACGUGUGUUUGAGUAUAGCAACAGUCGGCAGUUGGUUCUCCUUCGUCUUCUGGCUUCUACAGACGCUGUUCGGGGGCUGGAAGUUAUGGCGAUUGAACAUGAUCUAUUUUCCUGACCAACUGAAGAUCUGCUGCAAAUCAGCGUGAACAGUCAGAACCAUAUAUUUAUUGAAAUGCAUUUAGCUUACGCCAUGUGUAUACAGCCACGUUGAUACCCAGAUCGCAGUGACCGUUACUGUGUGGUUGUCCGUGGUUGUCCGUGGCAUCUAGGUGGCUCCAUGGGUAGUGUGUCCGACAGACACGCAGAUGAUCUGGGUUCGAGUCCCACCUUGUUACAGUAAUUGCAGCUAUUUGUUGCUGUUUUGUUGUUUUAUGUCUGUAAUGUUGUUACGAGCAGUGUUAACUUGUAAACAUAUAUUUUAUCAUGUUAUGUAUGUACUAGUAUAUAUAUCAAAACAUUGUUGAAACAUAUGAGGCUGUUUUCACCUGAAACAGUAAGUUCCGCACGUUAUGUAUCGUGGUUUGGGAAAGAAUGUGUUAUCGGCAGCAUCCCAUUACAUAUGAUGGACUUGCUGCGAAUACAGUAUAUCCCACAAAUAUAUCCCCGCUUUUCCAACCAACUCUUGCUCAUAUACUUAACGAGGUGCUUACACUAGUCUUAGACCUUGGAUUCCUUCGGAUUUUACUGCACUUUGGGUGCCUGGAGCAACAAGCCUAGCUAUCGUACAGCAACUGCAGGCUCUGUUCCUCAGAGCGACCGUACCGCUACGACCGUCAUAAAUCUAUGGUACAGUAUAGGAAUUGGAUACUCGUAGCACUGGGGUCGCUUAGUGAAACGGUGCACAGGAUUACAGUGUUCAUAGAUCCCAAUGUUUAUAUUAAAUAGUUGUGUAUAUGGUCGCUGUUUACACGUGUAUACAACUGGAAAAAGGUUAAGCACCCUUACUAUACAUUUGAAUAUAAAAAAUAUUAAUUUCAAAAGCCCAUCCUGCAUUUCUGUUUAUUGUUGAUAAAGUCACACACUUGUUUAAAAUACUGAAACGGAAAUCGAUUCUUUAAGAACUUAUCUAAUUUGUCUACGCAUUUAGAUGUAUCCGCUGCUUUUCGAUAUGAUCAAAUGCGUUCAGCUGGAGGAACAUAUAGUGUUCAGGUACAAACUUUUAUGCCGACAUUUUUCCAAUCUCAUUGAAAUCAGAUCUUAGAUCUCGCUACCGCUAAACAAAGAUCUGAGGACAUCCCAUUUGGGGUCACGUCAGAACGACCUUUCAUCCGACCAAUCAGAGCGUCGCUUACCAGAUCAUGA